ACAACAUAGAACAAACAUGGGAUUCUGUUCUUCGUCGCGUGCCCCUGUAGCUUCGGCGCUAAUACUUUGCUUUUGCAUGCUGUUAUUGGGAGUGCAUGGAGGAUCUCUCAGGCUUUAUAUCGUGUACCUAGGCGAUGUGAAACAUGAUCACCCGAACGAUGUCAUCGCUUCGCACCAUGAUAUACUCAGCAAUGUUCUUGGAAGUAAGGAAGAUUCUUUGGCUUCCAUGAUUCACAACUACAAGCAUGGCUUUUCAGGCUUCGCAGCAAUGCUUACUGAAGACCAGGCUAAACAGCUUGCAGAGUUUCCAGAAGUCAUUAGUGUCCAACCAAGCAGAAGGUGCAGGACGACAACCACUCGAAGCUGGGACUUCCUUGGUCUCAACUACCAAAUGCCCAGUGAGCUGCUCCAUAGAAGCAACUAUGGAGAGGACAUAAUCAUCGGGGUCGUUGAUACUGGUAUCUGGCCGGAGUCGAGAAGCUUUAGUGACGAAGGGUACGGGCCGGUGCCGUCACGGUGGAGAGGUGUGUGCCAGGUCGGGCAAGCAUGGGACCGCAACAACUGCAGCCGCAAGAUCAUCGGCGCGCGGUUCUACCACGCGGGCGUGGCCGAGGAGGAACUCAAGAACGACCACCUCUCGCCCCGGGACGCCAACGGCCACGGCACGCACACGGCCUCCACCGCGGCGGGCUCGCUCGUGGAGGCGGCCAGCUUCCACGGCCUCGCCGCGGGCGCCGCGCGGGGCGGCGCUCCCAGGGCCCGCAUCGCUGUGUACAAAUCCGUCUGGGGCAGCGGUCGCGGCAACGGGGCCGGCAACACGGCCACCGUGCUUGCGGCCAUCGACGACGCCAUCCACGACGGGGUGGACGUGCUCUCGCUGUCGCUCGUUUUGCCCGAUGAGAAUUCGUUCGGCGCCCUGCACGCGGUUCAGAAGGGCAUCACCGUCGUGUACGCGGCCGGCAACAGCGGGCCUAGCCCGCAGACUCUUGCCAACACGGCUCCGUGGGUCAUCACCGUUGCCGCGAGCAAGAUUGAUCGGUCGUUCCCGACGGUGAUCACACUGGGAAACAAGCAACAGAUAGUGGGACAAUCUCUCUACUACCAAGGGAAGAACUCAUCCGGGAGCAGCUUCAGAAGUAUUGCUAGUGGAGGGCCAUGCACGGCGGAUGCUCUGAAUGGUACCGAUUUGAAAGGGAAAAUUGUGCUUUGCACAUCACCAAAUCCAACAACAAUGGUAGGCCCGCUAGCGAUUUUCCCACUCGCGUUCCAAAACGUCCUGAAUGGAGGGGGCUCUGGUCUUAUUUUCGUUCAAUAUACGACCGACAUUCUAAAAGUAACAGAUUGUAAAGGCAUUCCCUGUGUUCUUGUGGACAUUGACACUGGUAAAAAGAUCACGAAAUACAUCGUUGCCGCCAGCAGCUCUCCCGUGGCAAAGAUUGAACCAGCCCGUAGCAUUACUGGUAAAGAUAUCCUGGCCCCCAAAGUGGCAUCAUUUUCCUCGAGAGGCCCAUCACCUGACUACGCUGAUAUCAUCAAGCCUGACAUAGCUGCACCUGGAGCCAGCAUCUUAGCAGCAAAGGGAGACUCCUUUGAGAUCAUGUCAGGGACAUCAAUGGCUACCCCACAUGUAGCUGGCAUCGUCGCGCUGUUGAAAGCUCUACAUCCAAACUGGUCUCCUGCUGCACUGAAAUCCGCCAUCGUCACCACUGCGUCUGUAACUGACGAACACGGCAUGCCCAUACUGGCAGAAGGAUUGCCUCGAAAGAUCGCCGACCCAUUUGACUACGGAGGUGGGCACAUCGACCCAAACAGGGCAGCUGAUCCUGGCCUGAUUUAUGACAUUGAUCCGAGAGAUUACAACUAUUUCUUUGGCUGCACCAUCACGAAGACAUCCGCAGGCUGCAAUGAAACUUCGGUGCCAGGGUAUCACUUGAACCUACCAUCUAUCUCGGUUCCAAACCUGAGGCAUCCGAUUACCAUAUCGAGAACGGUCACAAACGUAGGCGAGGUCGAUGCAGUUUACCAUGCUGCAAUCCAGAGCCCGCCUGGAGUCAAGAUCGAUGUUGAGCCGUCUGUUCUAGUGUUCAAUGCUGCAAACAAAGUUAUCACAUUUCAGGUGAAGUUAUCACCUAUGUGGAGGUUACAGGGGGAUUACACAUUUGGUAGCCUUACUUGGCACAAUGGUCAAAAGAGUGUGCGAAUUCCAGUAGCAGCCCGGAUGACGAUUAAUGAUUUCUAUGCCGAUGUUUCGUAACUAGGGUGAAACAUGCAGGCGGCAUCAUAGCGUUAUUUUACUUUUUGAAGGAAAUAUCAUAGUGUUCUUAGCAACAAUACAGAAGAAUAAGAAAUGCCAACUUCUAUUGUGGCUUUACUUGUAUUUCUUUUCUUUAUGAGAUGUAGCCAAACAGCCAGAGCCAUUGUGUGGGCUAAAUCUGAAUAAAGUUGUGUUUGUCAUACAACUCUAAUAA